GAUUUGCAAGAUUUUCUAUUCCCUCCGUCCUCCCUCCGCCUCUUCCCCCAAACCCUCGCAACUGAACAACUCCCUGUUUGAUCUGCAGAUGCCGAGAUCACUGUAACUCUCACAGAGACAGAGGGAGAAGGGGAGGGCGGAAUAAGAGGAGUUUAUGAAAUGUUCUAACACCUUUUACACCUGAAAAACCUGUACAAUCCAACAAUCCAGGCACUGGGGCGAGGUCACAGUGCCGAGGUUGAGCAAUGACAUUGGUGAUUUCGAUGAGCAGACUAUGCGAUCUUCCCAUUGAAGAACCUUCGGAGAUCCCAGAGUACGUCCCCAUCUGGGAAGAGUCUUUCAGCAAAAGCCCCGCGCCUCCCACCCCGACUAAAUACGGAGACCUUACAGGUCAGUCAACAGCAGAAUCACCUUGUAAAGGAAUCUCAAAUUUUCUAACAACGUCCAAGAUCGCAUACUUCAAACGGAAAUAUGUGGAAGAUGAAGAUUUUCAUCCACCUCUUCACAGCUGCUGUCAAAGAGCGCGUGCCAUGGCUGUACCCGAGGAUCGCACCCAUAUCCUUCGUUUGUCACUGGAGAAACUGAGGUUCAUUGAGGACCCGGAAGUGUUCCUCCGCCGGUCGGUGCUGAUCAACAAUUUGUUGAAGCGGAUCCGAGGGGAAAUGCAGAAUGACUGGUGUCUGUCUGCGUGCUCGUUCGGGGAGAUGGCACCCACUGAUUGGUUUGGGUCGCAGGACUCUCCUUACAGGAAGCGACUGAGGAUUGCCAAGGAGUAUGACGGCAGCCUUCAUGAUUGUUGCUUUUACCAGGACUGCGAUGGCCAGUAUUCAUCCAUACCCUUCUCUGUCUACAGUGCAGAGGAGUCGCGGUCUUCACUGCCCAGUUGCUCUCACCAGGGCAUGGACUCUCCUGCGGUGUAUGGAGACCAUGGCCCUCACUCCAGGAUCGAUCUGGGAGUCAGUGCAGCAUCUGAUACCUAUGCCAGUACUGCAAGCGCCUGCGAUAAGGAAAUUGACCCUGAGGCCGAGGAGCAAAAGGAAGGCGAUGCAGAGAAGCACAUUUCCAUUGAGAGCGCCCUCCCACUUGUGUGCAGUGAGAAGCUGGCCAGUAGCAGCCAGGCCGGACUCCACAAGGGCGGGAUGAUUCAUUCCGAAACUCGGCUGAAUUCCAGCACGUUGAAACAACCUGUAGCCGAUCACAAACUUUGUUGUGUAAAGGAAGCGAAAUUGGAACCGGCUUGUUUUGUGAUGGCAGGGGGCAGUGGUUUACCCAGCAUAGCUAACUGCACAUGUCGUGUCAACAAUACCUUUUAACAUCCGCGUGCAGGCCCAUCGCAGAAAAGGCAGUUGAAUCUUUUAUCAUCUUGAUGCACUUUAUACUGUUCUUGAGACCAGAUCUUGAGGGGAAAAGAAUAAUCACAAAAGAAAAUUAAAAACAAAAAAAAACAGCACAAUGUGAGUUGGUUCAUUCCACUCUCCCAUUCCAGACAGGUUGAGAUUACCUAACAGACUAUGGUUUAUACUGAUAGUAACAAGGAUGUUAUCAAAGGUGCCUUAAAUUUGUUACAACAGUGUUAAAGUUUGCUGGACAAUGGGAGUCAUCUGCUGGGGUUAUACUGUACAUGGUUUUAUACUAUUUUCUUAUAUUCUGACUUGCAUUACAUUGUUGUGCGGUAGCAGAGAAUCUGAGAUCCAUUGUACUCUCGGCAACGAUUUUAAAUUUUUUUAAAAAAAAGACCGGAAUUCGCAUCUGGAAGAGAAGAUGUGAAUCAUUUUGAAAUUAUUCUGGGAUUAUGAUUCUCAGCAAAGUGACAAUGGAAUGAUCUGCCCCAUGAGCAAGCCCUGAAGUGCUCGAACAUUGCCAUAGCAACAGGCAGACUGUUGCAAAGAAUGGAUUUUGUACUGUAAGGUCCGUGAAUUGGUGGCUGGCUUCAUAUUGUACUCAAGUUUCCCUUUAACAUGGUACUGUGUUUAACUUUUCAACUCAAAAAGUAACGUUUUUCAGUUUAUUUCCCCGCUACCGACUGAGGGACACAAAAGAUUUUAGUUAGGAGUGACGUAGCCAUCAAUGAGGGCUGUACGAUGAUGUCUUGGUUGAAGAGACGUUCAUCUGUAACUGGAUAUUAGUUUGGGAGUGGUAUUGCUUCAUACAAGGUAUGGAAAGUGCUCUCCCCCCUUAAGAUCAAUGACAUUCUUCGAAGUGACUAUGUCCUUUGUAUUAAGGUAUUAGCUUUUCUGUUGUGAUUGUGGCCAACACGUUUAUGUUUCUAAUUGCAAAUUGUACAUGCUUUUUACAAACGGGAAAAAAAAAAGCAGCAGAUUAUAUGGGGUCCUUUUCCAUGUGGUAAAUUGGUACAUAUUAGUGUUUUACAGUAAAAUGUGGUUUCCAUGUAAAAUAUUUAUUAAAGCAGUAGAA